ACAAGGCGCACACUCGAGGGGCCACGGCCGGGCUGCUACCACCGUGGCCGCCAUGAUCCCCCCUGCGGACUCUCUGCUCAAGUAUGACACCCCGGUGUUGGUGAGCCGGAAUACGGAGAAGCGGAGCCCCAAAGCACGGCCACUGAAAGUCAGCGCCCAGCAGCCUGGACCCUCUGGUCCAGUUCCACAGCCACCAAAGACCAAGCUCCCCUCAACUUCUUGUGUCCCAGAUCCUACAAAGCAGGCAGAAGAAAUCUUGAAUGCCAUCCUACCCCCAAGGGAAUGGGUGGAGGACACACAGCUAUGGAUCCAGCAGGUGUCCAGCACCCCCAGCACCAGGAUGGAUGUGGUGCAUCUCCAGGAGCAGCUGGACCUGAAGCUGCAGCAGCGGCAGGCCAGAGAGACCGGCAUCUGCCCCGUGCGCAGGGAGCUCUACUCGCAGUGUUUUGGAAGGGCGGUGAGCCCCAGACAUGGUGCCGUCUCCCUCCCGCCUGCCCUCCUGAACUCCUUGUUAUGCACUUUGGAAGACGAGCUGAUACGAGAGGUCACCAUCAACUGUGCGGAGAGGGGGUUGCUGUUGCUGCGAGUCCGGGAUGAGAUCCGCAUGACUGUCGCCGCCUACCAGACCUUGUACGAGAGCAGCGUGGCCUUCGGCAUGAGGAAGGCGCUGCAGGCCGAGCAGGGGAAGUCCGACAUGGAGAGGAAAAUUGCAGAAUUGGAAACAGAAAAGAGAGAUUUGGAGAGGCAAGUGAACGAGCAGAAGGCCAAGUGUGAGGCCACCGAGAAGCGGGAGAUCGAGAGGAGACUGGUGGAGGAGAAGAAGCACAACGAGGAGAUUCAGUUCCUCAAGCGCACGAAUCAGCAGCUGAAGGCCCAACUGGAAGGUAUUAUUGCACCAAAGAAGUGAUCAUUUCCACAUGGGUCUCAGCAAGCACUGCUACCCCAUCCUAAGCCUGUUGUAAUAAAAAAAAAAGCUAGUU